UAUGUAUACACUUCAAGGUCGAACUUUACAAAAAAAUGUUAAAAUUUCAUCAUUUUAUACAAUAUUUCUUAAUUUUGGUCAUUUUCGAAAAUUUAAUUACUGUAAAAACAAUAGAUUCGAGUAAAAAGGAGAAAGAGACUCAGCUUUUUAUCACAAACAACAAUGAUAAAAAGGAAGUAAUAAAUCAUUUAGCUAUAGAAUCAAGAGAUAUUCAAGUAAAAGACACCGAGGAAGAGAAAUAUAAGGACAGAAAACUAGUUGUAAACGUUAGUGAAAUUUACGAAUCCGGUCAUUUUGUGUCUCUUUCCCACAAAUGUUUGAAUCACGGGACAAAAGUAAAACUCCUCAUACCGAUUUUAUCAGAUCCUUGGCAUUAUUUGGCUAGAAAAGCAAUUCGAGAAACGUGGGGAAUAUUCGGAAAGAGAAAGGACGUGAUAAUAUUAUUCUUCUUGGGUUCAACGAGUGAUCCUUACCUCGAAAUAAAACUCGCUCACGAGCAGAAAAUUUUCGAUGACAUUGUACGAUGUAAUGUCUACGAUAGUUAUACUAACCUGACACUGAAAACAAUUUCCAUUCUCGAAUGGGUUGACAGAUACUGCUUCAAUGUGAAUUUCGUUCUGAAAACUGACGACGAUGUUUUCUUGAAUAUGCCCCGACUCUUAACAUUUGUGCGCUUACGAUUAAAAUUGAAUAAUGUGAUUUUUGGCAAAAUAUCACCACACACAAAACCGCACAGAAACAAAGAGAAUAAAUAUUACGUUCCAAUUAUUCAAUAUAAAUUCUCCGAGUAUCCACCUUUUGUCACUGGACCAGCUUACUUACUGUCUGGAAAUUCAGUCCAUCGGCUACAUAAAGAAUCAUUGAAUACACCAUUUUUGAAAUUAGAAGACGUCUUUGUAACUGGUAUCGUAGCCGAGAAAUUGGGAAUUAAAAGAAUAGACAGACAGGAAUUUGUCAAUAAUCGAAUUUCCUUUAGUGUUUGCGAACUUCAAAGAAGCAUAAGUUUGCACAGCAUCAAACCUACCGAACAACACGAUUUAUGGGAACGACUCUUUGAAUGUAAUCCCGAUUGUCCGUAUUUUUGUAUUCAAAAAUCUUCCACGUCAAUUUUAAUGAAAAAUAAUUUUCUUUUAUUGACAAUUGCUUUUUGCACAGCAAGUCUUACAUAUUAA